CUUCCGACACAUUUGGUUUAUAUAAUAGAAGUAAGAUUUAUAGACUAUUUCCUUUUUUUUAUUUAAAGGCAUUUGGCAGUUUCUGCACUUUCUUCACUUGUGGCAUUGACUUCCUGAACAGUCGGUUGCUUGGCCAUCACAUAUUUCAUCGAAAAAUAAAACUAUCUUCUUCGCCCUUUGUCAUAUUAAUCUGGCUUUGCUCUUUUAUCUAGACUAGAUAUAAAGAAAAAAUUCUUAGUUUCCUCGUGCAUAGUUGGGAGCAUUGAUUGCUGACCUUAUCUUUUCAAGAAUCCAUCUCUUGUUCAAUCUCAUCAGGGAAGGUGAAGAAAGGGGAAAUUUCUCAUCUUUUGUGGAGGUACGCCAGUACAGUCCCUUCCAAUUUUAGGCCCUAUGGUUUGUUUUUAUUGCUUUGGUGUUGCUUGCUGUAUAAGAGGCUUCUCUUUCUUCUCCUUAUUUGUGCUUCUCACAACUUAGAAAAAGGAAAAAAAAAAAGAAAAAAGGAAGAAAACGAAAUGGAAAUCGUUAGCUCCAUUGUCACUAUGGCUGCAGAGUACACGAUCUCUACCAUCAAAAACCAUUUCAGAUACCUUUGCAAUCAUGAGAACCAGGUCAGGACCCUCAAGAAUCAGGUUGAGAGCCUGAAGGAUGCAAAGGAAAGAGUACAGCAUUCUGUUGAUACUGCUAAGAGGAAUGGGGAAGAGAUUGAGCACGACGUCGAUACGUGGCUGACUACUGUCAACAACAAGAUCGCUGAAGAAGUAGAGAAAGUAAUUCAGGAUGAAGAAAAAGCAAAGAAAAAGUGUUUCCUUGGCUUGUGUCCUAGUUUCUGGACUCGUUACAGGCUUAGCAUGGAUGCCGAAGAGGAGGCGAAGGCUGUCGCUGAGCUACUCGAACAGGGCAAAUUCGACAGGGUUUCGUAUCGUGCAGCUCCACAAGGUAUCAUUCUCGCAUCUGUUAAAGGUUUCGAAGCAUUCGAGUCAAGAACGAUGGUUUUCAAUGGAAUCAUGGAGGCACUGAAAGAUGCUAGUAUUAAUAUUAUAGGGGUGCACGGGAUGGGUGGCGUAGGCAAGACCACGCUAGUCAAAGAAGUUGCUAGACUGGUUAAGGAGGGCAAGUUAUUUGAUUCUGUAGUUAUGGCAACCGUAACUCAGACACUUGACGUUGAGAAAAUUCAAGACCAAGUUGCAGACUUAUUGGGUUUAAAAUUUGAGGAACAGAGUAUGGUCGGAAGGGCACUUCGACUUCGAGAAAGAUUGAAAAAAGAGGAGAAGAUUCUUGUUGUUUUGGAUGAUAUUUGGGCAAGAUUAGACCUUGAAGAAGUUGGGAUUCCUUUUGGAAAUGAACAUGAGGGAUGCACGAUACUGCUAACGUCUAGGGAUCUCGAUGUUUUAUCAAGUGGGAUGGAUACUCAGAAAAAUUUUGCAGUUGGCCUUUUAAAUGAAGAAGAAGCCUGGGACCUGUUUAAAAAGAUGGCUGGUGACUCUGUUGAAAGUUGUGAUGUGCAGCCUACAGCUAUGGAGGUGGCAAAGAAAUGUGCGGGACUGCCAAUCGCCAUCGCAACUGUGGCAAGGGCACUGAGAAACAAACGUUUGUUUGAAUGGGAGAAUGCUUUGCGUGAACUAAAGAGGCCUUCAUCAAGAAGCUUCACAGGGAUCACAGCGGAUGUAUAUUCAGCUAUAGAGUUGAGUUACAAUUAUUUAGAAGAUGAGGAAGUCAAGUUCACUUUCUUGCUUUGCAGUUUAAUUGGUCAUAAUGGUCACGUUGAAUACUUGUUGAAAUGCAUCAUGGGUUUGGGGUCCUUUCGUGGUGUCAACACAAUAAAAGAAGCAAGAAAUAAAGUAUUGACAGUGGUGAGUAAGCUCAAAUCGUCUUGUUUGUUGCUUGAUAGUUAUGAUGAUGAACGGUUUGAUAUCCAUGAUGUUGUUCGGGAUGUUGCUAUAUCUAUUGCAUCAAGGGACCGCCAUAUGUUUGUGUUAAGAGCUGGUGAUGUGCUAAAAGAGUGGCCCGAUACGGAUUGCAGUGUGAUUUUGUUAAGUUCUCCUAAUAUCAGUGAGCUUCCUGAUGAGUUGGAGUGUUCACAUCUUUCCUUUUUCAGUAUGGCCCAUGAUGGUUUACUGAAAAUUCCAGCCAACUUCUUUAGGCGAACAGAAAGACUCAAAGUCUUAGAUUUGACUCGAAUGCAGUUUCCAUCCCUACCUCAGUCAAUUAAUCUCUUAACAAACCUUCACACGUUGUGUCUACAUGAAUGUGCACUGGAAGACAUAAGCGUUAUUGGAAAGCUCAAGAAUUUGGAAAUCCUUAGCCUUGAAUCCUCAGAUAUUAAAGAGCUUCCCAAGGAGAUAGCACAAUUGACUCGGUUAAGGUUGUUAGGUUUGACUUAUUGUACAAAACUCAAAAUCAUCCCACCAAAUAUCUUAUCCAAUUUGUCCAAAUUAGAAGAAUUAUAUUUGAAUGAUAGCUUUGUUCAAUGGGAAGAUGAAGUACAAGGUAGUGAAAGGAGAAAUGCUAGUCUUGAGGAAUUGAAGCAUUUGUCUCAUCUAGCCACUUUGUAUGUUAAUAUUCCGAAUGCCCAAAUAAUUCCAGAGCGUCUGUUCAGUGAGAAAUUGGACAGAUACAAGAUUAUUAUAGGUGAUGGUGCAUGGGAUUGGUACGAUGAGCAUGAAUGCUCAAGAACACUGAGAUUAAAGUUAGAUACAUGCAUUUACUUGGAUCAUGGGGUGAAACUAUUGUUGAAGAAGACAGAAGAUUUGUAUGUAGAUCAACUUGAAGGUAUCAAGAACGUAGUUGCUGAGUUGAAUAAUGGUGAAGAUUUUCCACAUUUAAAGAAACUUCAUAUCCAAAAUGGUUUGGAAGUCCGGUAUAUAGCAACGGAGAAAACUCAGUUUUCUCAGUUACAGUCCAUGACACUUGAUGAUCUGCCACACCUCAUUAGCUUUAGCUCCGAAGACAAGAUGAGUUCCACAUCCCAGCAGGAGCAGGGGAAUACAAGCACCAAGCCGCUUUUCGAUAAACAGAUUGUGUUCCCUCAAUUAAAAAGCUUGCGAUUGUCCUCAAUUAAGAUCGAAAGGAUAUGGCACAAUCAGCUCUCAGAAACAUAUUGUUAUUGCCUUCCAAAUUUAAAGAGCUUCAUCAUUAAGGGCUGUGAUAACUUACAACAUGUAUUGUUACCCUCUGUUGCUAGAAGCCUGGUGCAUCUCGAACAUUUUGAGAUAAUGGAUUGCAAGUGCUUAACAGAGAUAAUAUUUACGGAAGAAAUAAAAGAAGAACAGAAAGAUGUGAUUUGUUUUCCUGUUUUAAACUCCUUGAAAAUUGAGAAUCUUUCGAAUCUCAUCAAAUUUGGCUCAGGAAAUUAUAAUAUUGAGUUCCCAUUACUGAAAGUGCUGGAGAUUGAGAAAUGUCCAAACUUGAAAGAAUUUAUUAGUGCAACUAAAAUGGAGGGGAAAUAUGAGUCCAGUAUACAAGCACUCUUCAAUGAGAAGGCUGCAGUUCCUAGCUUGGAAAAGAUGAGAUUGUCCAGCUUGAGAAAUGUGAAGAUGAUAUUCCAUGACCAACUUCUAGCAGGUCCUCUAGAUUCUCAACUAAGGAAAUUGGAUAUUUACGAUCUACCGCAACUGAAGCAUGUUUGGAAUAAAGAUCCCCAAGGAAGUCUUACCUUUCAAAAUCUACGAAAGGUAAGGGUUAGCCGUUGUGAGAGUCUGAAAAAUCUAUUUCCUGCAUCAAUAGCCAAAGAUCUUCCCCAACUCGAAGAUCUAACAUUAAACAGUUGUGGGGUGGAGGAGAUUGUGUCGUUUAGGGAAGGAUUGGAGCAGCCGGUUAGGUUCAAGUUUCCUCGAGUGUCUUCAUUGGAGCUUACAGACCUAGAAGAACUGAAAUGUUUCUAUCCAGGGCAACAUACAAUGGUCUGGCCCAUGUUGAAAAAAUUGGAGACAGAUUGUUCUAUUUUUAUAAAAAUAGUAGCUUCAGGACGUCCUAGCAUCCAAGGAAUGAAUGAAAAUGACCAACGAGAAUCCACAAAAGGACAACCACUUUUCUUAGGUGAAGAGGUCAUUCCCAAAUUAGAGAAAUUGCGGUUAUCAAAAAUUGAUGACAUUGCAAUGAUAAGUGGCAUUCAGUUUCGUGCAGACUUCUUUCACCAUAUUAAAGUUUUCGAGAUGAAUGGCUCCAAUUUUCCAAUUGAUUUCGUCCAAAGAUUGAAUAAUCUUGAAAACCUUGAGUUGUCUUGUUGUGACUUCAAAGAUCUAGUCUCUUGUGAAGGCGAUCUUGCUGAAAAGCCUGAUGCUCGGACACUCUCACGAAUUAGAAAAUUAAAAUUGGGUUCUUGCAAAAAUCUUCCAUAUAUAUGGAAGAAAGAUUCAGAGCUGGGCCACAUUCUUUCUAAUCUGGAAACUUUUGAAGUUUUCGGGUGUGAUGAAUCGAUAAAUUUGGGACCCUCCUCAACAUCUUUUCGAAAUCUCACAACUCUUGAAGUGCAGUGGUGCAACAAGAUGAUAAACUUGGUUACACCUUCAGUAGUCCAGAGUCUGGCACAACUAACAAAAAUAAGGAUAGAAGACUGCAAUAGGAUGACAGAAAUAGUUGCAAACGAAGGAGAUGAGAAUGAGAUCACUUUCAGCAAGUUGAAGUAUUUAGAACUCUAUCAUUUACAGAGCCUCACAAGCUUUUGUCCAGGGAAUCAUACCUUUAAGUUUCCAUCCUUGGAAGACUUAAUUGUGGGUAGCUGUCCUAGCUUGAAGGUUUUUUCUCAGGGAGUUUCAACCACUCCCAAAUUACAGAGAGUAAAAGAAUCACGUUACGAUCACAGAGGGCGUUGGGCUGGUGACCUUAAUACCACCAUACAACAGUUGUACUCCGAAGAGGGUGGAUACCAUUACCGAUAUAAUUUGGAGCUCUCAGACACAUUUCCUGAGUUGAUGGAAAUAUGGAAUAAGAGCCCUCAAGAAAUUUUGAACUUCAAAAACCUUGGACAUCUGGACGUUUGUAAUUGUAGCAGCUUGAAAUACAUUUUUGCCCCCUCUAUGGCUUUGAGCCUCAAGCGAUUAUGGGAUUUACAAGCAAAAGAAUGUCCCUCGAUGGAAGCAGUCAUCAUGGAACAGGGAGUUGAGGAGGAAGAAAGGACAGAUAAGUUCACAUUCUCCCGCCUCUUCUCCAUAAAAAUUGAGUCAUGUUCCAACUUGACAAGUUUUUAUUUGGGAAGUCGAGCUCUUAAAUUUCCAUGGUUGAAAAGAGUGAGGAUAGCGGACUGUCCAAAAAUGAAUACAAUUGCUUCUUCAUAUUCAAGAGACAAGGAGAAAGAGACGAGUGGUGAUGGAAGUGAAAAAUGGGAUAUUACUACAACUUUUUUCAGCAAUAAGGUUGUGUGUCCCAAAUUGCGGGAUUUGGAUCUGUCGUCAAUUAACGUUCAAAAGAUAUGGAAUAGCCAACAACUAGCAUCCUCUUUUCAUGUUCAGAAUUUGGAACAGAUUACGAUAAAGGGGUGUCACAAUUUGAAAUAUAUGUUUCCAUCUGUCAUGGUAAAACAUUUUGUGCUACUCCGUCACCUUUCGAUUUUGGACUGUAAGAUCAUGGAAGAAGUAAUCUUCAUGGGAGGAUUGACAGAAGAUGAAAAGAUGAGCCAGAUGUUGUUCCCCACUCUAAAUUUCCUGAAGCUCGAAGACCUUCCCCAACUCAGAAGAUUCUGCGAUGAAACUGACAAUGAAUUCCCCAUCUUGAGAGAGCUAGUCCUAACAAACUGUCCUGUAUUCAAGACAUUCAUCUCUAAAUCUGUAAUUGAAGAUGUUGGUGAUGAACCUCUAAUUUAUCAGAAUGUACAAGGAAAUAACUUAGAGGUUGAUAACUCGACUCUCUUCAAUGAAAAGGUGCUCUUCCCUGGGCUAAAGACGUUGACAAUCAAAGCUAUGAGGGGCUGUAGGAGGAUCUGGCAGGACCAACUCACUGGGAAUUCGUUUUGCAAACUAAAUAAUAUAUGGGUUGAAGGCUGUGGAGCACUCCUGAAUAUCUUCCCUUUUAACUUGAUGGAAAGACUUGAGGAACUAGACAAGUUGCAGAUUGUGAAUUGUGAUUCAUUAGAGGAAAUAUUUGAGCCACAAGCGCUCAUUGCUAAUCAAUCAGAUGCAAUAACAGCUACUAAGUCUAUUGUGGUAGAAACAGAGACUAAGUUUGUAUUUCCCAGAGUGACAUACCUUCGACUUGAUAAAUUGCCCAAAUUGAAAAGUUUUUACUCUAAGAGACAUGUCACAGAAUGGCCAUCAUUGAAAAAAAUGGAAGUGAUUGAAUGCGACAAAGUAGAGAUAUUUGCUUCAAAAUGUCCUUGCUUUGAAGAAACACAUGCAGCAAGUCAGGUUGAAAUCUCAAAUCAACAACCUUUGUUUCAGGUCAAUGAGGCUACAUUCCCUAUCUUAGAAGAAUUAAGGUUGAAGCAGAACGAUACUGUGAAAGGGACAUGGCAUGGCCAAGUACUCUCAACAAAAUGUUUUAGGAAACUAAAAGUUCUUGAGCUCAUAUCUGUUCCUGAGAAAUCAACUGCUCUUCCAUAUUGCUUCAUUCAGUCAUUACCAAAUCUUGAAAAGCUUGUUCUGAGUGAUGCUUCCUUCUAUCAAAUAUUCUGGUCUGAAGAACUCAGUGAUGAAGAAAGACAUGCAUCGUCACUCACUCGGUUAAGUGAAUUGAGGUUGUCUAAACUUCCAGAGUUGACAAAUCUCUGGAAUGAAGGGUUCCAACCCAUACCAGCUUUCUGUAACCUGAGAAUUCUUCAAGUGCUGGAAUGUGGCAAAUUAAAGACGUUGGUGCCAUCUUUGGUGUCUUUCAAAAAUUUAAAAAAUCUGGAAGUUUCAAGGUGUUAUGGAUUCAUAAAUUUAAUAACAUGCUCAACAGCUAAGAGCUUGAUGGUACUCGAAAGAAUGAGCAUAACUGAUUGUGAGAUGAUAGAGGAAAUCAUAGCAUGUGGGGGUGAUGAAAUGGAAGGUGGUAUUGUCUUUACCCGACUGAAGUAUUUGCAAUUAAGUUGUCUACCAAGUCUGGCAAGCUUUUGCUUGGGGGAUCACAACUUUGAAUUCCCAGUCUUGCAAAAGGUGAUCGUAAAAGAGUGCCCAAAAAUGAAGAUUUUCUGUCAAGGAGAUUUAAGCACACCAAAGCUGAAGCAAGUGCAAUUGACAGAAGAUGAAGUAAAAGGGCGGUGGGAAAAUGACCUUAAAACUACUGUAAAACAGAUGUUUGAAGAAAUGAAUGCCCAAAAUUCUGAAGUGGCUGAGGUUACCGUAUAGUUGCCCAAGCUGGAAUAAGGCAGUAUGCAUGUUUUGGUGUCUGUGAGACAGGCUCAUUUUCCUUGAAUUGAAAUCCAUCUGAUGAUUGAAUUGUUUAAUUGAAGAAUGAAUCAGCUGCCUAGUUGUCAGCCAGUGUCCUUGGAAUCCAAAAGGUUGUGUCCCAAAUUGAGCCAUUUGAAUCUGUCCUCAAUUAACUUCUAAAGAUAUGGCAUAUCCAACAACUAGCAUCCUCUCUUUAUGUUCAGAAUUUGGAAUGGAUUAAGAUAAAGGGGUGUCACAAUUUGAAAUAUCUGUUUCCAUCUUUCCUGGUAAAACAUUUUGUGCAACUCCAUAGCCUUUCAAUUUUGGACUGUAAGAUCAUGAAAGAAGAUAUCUUCAUGGAAGGAUUGACAGAAGAUGAAAGGAUGAGCAAGAUGUGGUUCCCUCAACUAAAAUUCCUAAACCUCCAAGGCCUUCCUAAACUCAGAAGAUUCUGCCAUGAAACUGACAAUGAAUUCCCCUUCUUGAGAGAGCUAAUCCUAUCAAACUGUCCUGUAUUGAAGACAUUCAUCUCUAAAUCUUCAAUUGAAGAUGCUGGAGAUGAACCUCAAAUUGAUCAGAACGCACAAGGAAAUGACCUAGAGCUUGAUAAACCAGCUCUUUUUAAUGAAAAGGUGGCCUUCCCUAGGCUAGAGAUGCUGACAAUCAAAGCUAUGAGGGACUGUACAAGGAUAUGGCAGGACCAACUCACUGUGAAUUUGUUUUCCAAACUAAUUAGUAUAUGGGUUGAAGGCUGUGAAGCACUCUUAACUAUCUUCCCGUUUAACAUGAUGGAAAGACUUGAGGAAUUAGACAAAUUGUAGACUGUGAAUUACGAUUCAUUAGAAGAAAUAAUGUUUGAGCCACAAGUACUCAUUGCAAAUCAAUCAGAUACAGUAACAGCUACUUAAUCUAUUAUGAUAGAAACAGAGACUAAGUUUGUAUUUUCCAGAGGGACAUACCUUCGACUUGAUAAAUUGCCCAAAUUGAAAAGUUUCUACUCUAAGACACAUGUUACAGAAUGGCCAUCAUCAAAUAAAUGGAGGUGAUUGAAUGUCACGAAGUAGAGAUAUUUGCUUCAGAAUGUCCUUCCUUGUUUCAGAGCAAUAAGGUUACGUUCCUUAUCUUCAAAGAAUUACGAUUGAAGCAGAACGAUACUGUGAAAGGAACAUGGCUUGGCCAACUACUCUCAACAGAAUGUUUCAGGAAGUUAAAAGUUCUUGUGCUCAUACGCGUUCCUGGGAAAUCAACU